AACACUAAUUCAGUUCACGCCUCUUAUCGGGACAAGCGUGUCCCACUAUUUCCGCGAAACACGCGUUACGAACAAACUUUUAUAAGUUAUUAAACAAAAAUUAAAUUGUUUUUAAUUAAAUUUGAGUGAUAUGUCUGGGCUGUAAUCUGCGUGACGUUUUAUUAAAAAUAAACUAUUAUGGAAAGAAGAAGAGGAAUGUUCCGUCCAUCUCUUUUGCGCGGUUUGAGUACCGACUCUGCUGACUCAGCGGACUACGAACUCGACAGGAGCCGGCGCGCGUCACUCAGCGCUGAGCAACGACGUCGCCUGAGCUUGCUCAGGACAUCGAGCAUCCCAACUCCGCUGUCUUCGGUGAGCCACAUUUACCAUUUGGUACCCUGCCCAAGAAAAUGUUGCCAUCAGAAAUACGUUGUCAGUACAGAUCGCAGUGGAGACAUUCAUGUUCACGUUCAGGGCGAUUUGAGCCAGCAAGACAAGAGAUGCGUCUUCCUAACUGUUCACGAUCUCGGCACCAAUCAUACUUCAAUGGUGGAUUUUAUAAACCACCCUGCUAUGGCCGAGAUCAAGGAGCGGUCCUGCUUCAUACACGCCGAUGUUCCAGGACACGAGGAAAAUUCCCCUGAUCUACCUGAAUCCUAUCCGUUCCCAUCGUUGCAAACUCUUGGCGAAGACCUUAUAACAGUGUUGGACUUCCUACACGUGAAAUAUGCCGUUGGUCUCGGGGAAGGCGCUGGGGCGAAUAUCCUCGCUCGAUGCGGAUUGGCCCAUCCGCGUCGUCUGCUCGGUCUGAUCCUCGUCAACUGCACGGGCUCUACUUCAUCUGUAGCCGAUGCGUUCCGCACGAGGUUCUCUCGCUGGAGAGGAACUAAUUUCUCUCAGUCGGAGGAAGAUUUUCUCAUCUACCAUAAGUUCGGACACGUGAGUUUUACGACAGAGAUCCUUGACUAUAACUAUCAGCAAAUCACGAGCGACUCCACGGAGUCAGGGGAGCGUGAGCGCGAACGCAUGCUGUCGGAGUACCGCUCGCGUCUUCGCGGGAACCUGAACACGCAUAACAUAAAACAGUACGUGCGCGCUUUCAUCAAUCGGAAAGAUCUAAUCCUUAAAGGCUGCCAACCGGACAUACUUCUGAUCACUGGAAUGUUAAGUCCAUACGCCACUGUGGUAGAGAAGAUGUACAAGGAACUUGAUAAGGACAAAGUGACUAUACUCAAGGUAGAGCGUGCUGGAGAUGUCCUAGCUGAAGCUCCGGCAAAAGUAGCACAGUCGUUGCUAUUGUUCUGUCAAGGUCAAAGCCAGUUGACGUCGUUACCACCACCAGGAGUCGAACGGCGAAUGUCGCGUGGAAUAUCGAUGGAGGAGUACGACAAGCCCAACAUAAGAAGGUUGUCACUUACUCCGAGCGUCGCGGAGUCACCACCGCUGAGGAAAUUGUAAGAUGCCAUUUCACCCUAUUCCAGAUGGAAAAUUUAUAUCAAUAUAUUUAUAAAAAGGUAAAUAUUUGUAAAAAUAUUUAAUGGACCGUCUAAUAGUGACUCACUAUGUCAUAUAUAUAUAUAUAUAUAUAUAUAUAUAUAUAUAUAUAUAUAAGUAAGUACAUGAAUAUAUAUAUAUAUAUAUAUAUAUACUAAUAUGUUUUUAUAUAUAUCUCUUUCAAAAAUAGUAAUGUCAUAAUGCGAUGAAUAAUUUUAUUUAUUAUUCAUCGCAUCAUGUUGUCUGCUUAAAACGGUCACAAAGUGAUAUGCAAUAUUGACUAUUAUAAUUAUUAAAGGAUAUAUCAAAAUAGCAUAUCACCGUAAGUCGACUUUGAACAUUUUACAAGUGUAAUAUAGUGUGAGUUCAAACAGAAUUGCACAGCUGAAUGUUUUCAAUUUGAAAUAAAAUGAUAAUAUAUUUUAUAUGUAUAAUGUAUGUAUUGUUGAUUAUAUUGCAAACAAAUGAACGUAGGUAUUCAUUGCGUGCUAUGUUAUAACCUAUAAAAAUAUAUUAUAAUGUAUAAAUAUGUUUGUUUAAUGGUUUAAGUUAUCUACUUAUUUUUACUUACUGGUGAAUACUUUAAGAUUUGAAAAGCGUUCUAAGAUUAUAAUAUAAUAUAUUACAGUAUAUUUUUUGGAGUAUAUAAAACUUGUCAUAAAUUAUAUUAUAUUAGAUAAUAAAAGCAAUAAUAUAAAUAUCCAUAAAAAACUAAUUUAAGUAUCUUUUUUUCAUAUAAAUAUGUUUUGUAAAUAUUGAUAUAUUAUAUUGAUAUUGUAACACAUAUUGAAUUAGUAAAAUGUAAUCAAAGUUCAAAGUCAUUAAUAUAUAUUAUCAAUCAAAUGAUAAUUAUAUUGUGUAUCAAUAUUUUUAUGUUAUUUUAAGUAAAAACGCAAAUUAGAUUUAUAACGCCAAAGGGAUCAUAAUGAAAUAUUAUAACUAGAAUUUUUUUAUACUUAAGUUUCUGUAGGCAGGGGCGGAUUUACUAAUAGACCGAAUAUGCACAAACAAUUAGGCAAAACUUGGUUGAUUUGCUUUUUUCGGUAGCGCCUUCUGUGUAGAUUACACGUCAUGGCUUAAAAACCAAGGACUGCGACCAUCGCGACUCGUAAAAUAAAACUUUAAUUCUUAUAAAUCAUUGCUAAUUUUUCGCUCUUCAUAAGGAGUAUUUAUAAGGCCUAUGACUUCUAGCAUGACAAAGAUAUCAAAUCCGCCCCUGUCUCUGGUUUUUUUAUUCUACGAACAAUUUUACAUAAAUAUGGCUUAGUCGAGGAUAAUGUCUUUGGGAAGUUUUUGUGUUCGGAGCAUUAAUCCAACAUAUUAAUAAGUUAUCUAAUGAGGAGACUCUGAAGUGACUCUUAAUGCAGACAUUGACAUCAAAGCCUUUGAAUAUCUUACACUGAUAAUGCUUUUUUUUGUAACUGCAGACAAAUAAUACAUUUUUGUUGAUAUCUACAAUUAAAUUAAUCUCAAAUUCUAUUUUAAAGAGUUUUAAAGGAGAUCCCUAGUAAGAGAUAAGUUGCUAUUCCUUUAUUCAGUUUUAUCUUUUAAUUUUUGUUUUAUGUGUAUUUUGUAGUUCAAGUAUAAAUAAAUAAAUAAUUUCACCAGCUCGUCUCGUAAUCAAAACUCUAUAUUGAUGCCAAGGAUCAUAAACAGACGGAUAUGCGCUCUUUCCUUUCCCAAUAGAACUGUGAACAUAAGUGUGUUGUUUAGAUAUAAAUUGUUUCAACAUAUGGACAGUACAGUACAG